AAACAAAUCAGACUGCCAGAAGCCAAGGAAGCAGCGACGGGCGGCAAAACAAAUUUAGUGUAACAAUAGCAACUGCCGACGACGGAACACGGAGUCCGGAAAAGUGAGAGGCCCCGCAAAGUGCGUGCAUAUAUACAUACCAUACCCAUCCGUGCCCGAGUUUACGCGUCCGGGGAGCUGUGUGUGUUGGCAUACGCCUUCCUUAAAUUAUAAAUAAGCGGGGAGCAAAUGCCGCGCGGAUAAAAUUAAAACUCUUUAAGAGGUGCGGACACAAGCGAUUCGAUGCUGGAGAACUUUGGGCGAUUCAGUUAGUGGAUUGAACCAGGCGAAAAGGAAAGCAAUACAAAGAAAACUUUUGCAAACGCAAUUUGGUCGAUAGACAGGACUUAAGGGACCGCAGACAUCCACACCCAUCGCAGCCAUGUACGGAAUGCUGUACGAGAGCGUCCAGCACUACAUCCAGCAGGAGUACGGGACGGAGACCUGGCGGAAGGUCUGCCAGAUAGUCGACUGCAAGCACCAGAGCUUCAAGACGCACCAGAUCUACCCGGACAAGCUGAUGCCGGACUUUGCAGCAGCCCUGUCGGCGAGCACUGGAGAGUCCUUCGACUUCUGCAUGAACUUCUUUGGGCGCUGUUUUGUGCGCUUCUUCAGUAACUUUGGCUACGACAAGAUGAUCCGCUCCACGGGUCGCUAUUUCUGCGAUUUCCUGCAGUCCAUCGAUAAUAUCCAUGUGCAGAUGCGUUUCACCUACCCCAAGAUGAAGUCGCCCAGCAUGCAGUUGACUGCCAUGGAUGAUGAUGGCGCCGUGAUCCUGUAUCGCAGCGGGAGAACUGGCAUGUCCAAGUACCUGAUUGGCCAGAUGACGGAGGUGGCCAAGGAGUUUUACGGCCUGGACAUGACCGCCUAUGUCCUGGAGAGCCAGAACGACAUCUGCGGGGGCACAGCGGGUCCCAUCAAGCUCACGGAGGGUCCUCUGACCGUGAUUGUCAAGUAUCGCCUGGACUUUGACAAUCGCGAUUAUAUGGCCAAGCGGGUGAACGUCAUCGCCCAUCCUUCUCAGCUCAAGAUGCCCUCGGUGGACCUGAACGUGUUCCUAGAGCUGUUUCCCUUCACCAUCGUGCUGGAUCACGACAUGAAGAUCACACUCGCGGGCGAGAAGAUUGUGGAAACGUGGAUCCUGCACAAUCCUGGCGUGAACCCAAAGAGCUUCAUUGGUAGCCACAUCAUGGAGCGUUUCAAGUGUCGGCGGCCCAAGGACACCCAGAUCGAAUGGGAGACUAUUCUGCAGAUGCGGACAGUGCUCUUCGAGUUCGAACUCAUCCGUACGGGUCACAACCGCGCCGCCUACGAUGCGGCCUUGAACUUUGACUUCGACAACUUCGACGAAGGUAGCAGUCUGAACGAGGCCCAGGCCAUGGCUUUGGCCAGUGCCAAGGAGUUCAGUGCGGAGCACGCCAAGGAAGAGGCAGCCGCCACCGCCACCUCCAAGGACGAAAUCGAUCCGGCCACUGGUCAGAGACGCCACUCCGUGGGACUCCGAUCUAUCCUGCUGAAGGGUCAGAUGUUCUACAUCAAGGACGUGGACUCGCUGAUCUUCCUGUGCAGUCCUCUUAUCGAAAAUCUAGAUGAACUGCACGGCAUCGGUCUGUUCCUGAACGAUCUCAAUCCACAUGGCCUGAGUCGGGAGUUGGUCAUGGCUGGAUGGCAGCACUGCUCCAAGCUGGAGAUUAUGUUUGAGAAGGAGGAGCAGCGAUCGGAUGAGCUGGAAAAGUCCUUGGAACUGGCCGAUUCCUGGAAACGGCAGGGGGAUGAGCUGUUGUACUCAAUGAUUCCGCGGCCCAUCGCCGAGCGAAUGAGAAAGAGCGAGGAGCACGUCUGCCAGAGCUUCGAGGAGGUGUCCGUCAUCUUCAUCGAGGUGUUGAAUGUCUACGACAGCGGCUCCAAUAACAUUCAGGAUGCCAUGCAGGCGGUGACCACCCUCAACAAGGUUUUCUCAGCACUGGACGAAGAGAUCAUCUCUCCAUUUGUGUAUAAAGUGGAGACCGUGGGCAUGGUUUACAUGGCGGUUUCGGGUGCUCCUGAUGUGAAUCCCCUGCACGCGGAGCACGCCUGUGACUUGGCCUUGCGGGUGAUGAAAAAGGUCAAAGCCCACGCCCUGCCAGGAGUGGCCAUUCGAGUAGGCAUCAAUUCGGGACCCGUGGUGGCUGGUGUGGUUGGUAUGAAGGUUCCUCGAUACUGUCUCUUCGGGGACACCGUCAACACCGCCUCGCGAAUGGAGAGCAGCAGCGAUCCCUGGAUGAUCCAGCUCUCCAAUUAUACCGCCCUCAAGGUGAGAAAGGUGGGAUAUAAGGUAGAAGCGCGGGGAUUUGUCAAAGUUAAGGGAAAAGGAGAAAUGGAGACCUACUGGCUAUUAGAGGGACCAGAGUAACAUGGUAGAUUUGUUAAUGUUUAAUAAACCAGGAGGCAUAUAACAUAUAUUUAAACAUCUUAAUGGGAAAACAUCGUUAGUAUAUAAGAAUAUAAAAUCUGAAAACCUGUUGGUGGCCACGCUGAGGUUUUUUGGCAUAAUUUCCAAAGUAUAAAAAAAAUGUAUAUAAAAAUUGUAUAAUAAA